AAAACUAAUAGACAUAUGGAGGACGGAUUGUCGUCAGCGACGGAGAUGCCACGAAGAUGGGAGAUCGUACUGGCGGAGGAGGUGAAAAGAAGCUGUUACAUAGCGUUGCCGAUGGUGGUGGUGAUGGUGUCACAAUACCUAUUGCGCGCGGCAUCCAUUUCAAUGGUUGGUCACCUUGGUCAACUAGAGCUUGCCGGAACCGCCGUUGCUAUCUCCUUCACCAAUGUCACCGGAUUCAGCCUUCUUUUUGGAAUGGCGAGCGCGUUGGAGACGUUAUGCGGGCAAGCAUACGGCGCACAACAAUACCAUAUGCUCGGUGCAUACACAUAUGGCGCCAUGAUCUCUCUGAUUUUAGUCUGUUUACCGAUUUCCAUUUUAUGGAUCUACAUCGACAAACUCCUAAUCCUUAUCGGCCAAGACCCUUUAAUCUCGGCAGAAGCACGCAAAUUUUCAGUUUGGCUCAUUCCUACCCUUUUCCCCUAUGCCAUACUCCAACUGAUCACGCGCUACCUAUUGUCUCAAAGUCUCAUCUUUCCAAUGCUAUGGAGCUCAGUCGCGGUUCUUCUGAUCCACGUACCCAUUUGUUGGGCUCUCGUGUUCAAGCUAGGCUUUCGGACACCUGGAGCCGCAUUAGCUAUAGGUAUCUCCUACACCUUAAAUGUGGUUAUUCUCGGGGUUUACUUGUAUCGCUCCAAAGCGUGCAAAAGGACUCGUGCCACGUGUUUAGGUGAUGUCUUCUCGAGCAUCAAGGAGUUCCUUCGCUUUGCCGUUCCAUCUGCUGUCAUGAUUUGUCUUGAGUGGUGGUCAUACGAGAUUGUUGUAUUGCUAUCGGGACUCUUGCCAAAUGCUCGACUGGAGACUUCAGUGCUCUCGAUAUGUCUAACGGUUGAUAUCUUACACUACUACAUACCUUAUUCUUUUGGGGUUGCUGCAAGCACCCGGGUCUCAAAUGAACUGGGAGCCGGGAAUCCAGAGGCUGCAAAAAUGGCUCUCUUGGCCGUAUCAGUCCUCGGAGCAAUGGAGGUGAUCAUAGCAAGCACCAUUCUCUUUUGCUCCCGUUCUAUACUCGGAUAUGCGUUCGGUAAAGACAAGGAGCUAGUCAACUAUGUCAAAGAAAUGACUCCUCUUCUAUGUCUCUCUAUAUUUGCAGACACAAUACAAACAAUCCUUUCAGGAGUUGCAAGAGGGAGUGGGUGGCAAGAUAUUGGGGCUUACAUUAAUCUUGGGUCAUAUUAUCUGGUUGGAAUCCCUAUGGCUAUAGUGUUGGGCUUUGUGUGUCAUCUAAAUGGGAAAGGAUUGUGGAGUGGAUUAAUUAUUGGAAUAGUGAUACAAUGCAUUUUGUUAACACUUGUUACGUGUUCUACAAAUUGGAAGAAACAGGCAAGAAAGGCAAGAGAAAGGAUGUUUAAGGAGGAGCUUAUUGAUGAGCAAUGAUGGAUGGACAACAACACAAAAUGGUAGGGAUAGUUUUGACUAUGGUAAUUUAAUGAUGGAUAAAUGAUGUUAACUAGCAGGUGUAAAUCUAUGUGCUGCCGCGGGAUGUUGAUGCAGUGAGAAAUUUGUAAGGCACGGUUUUAAGUAAAAUUUAUUUCAAAACUUAGAUAAAAAUAAAUGCAUCGUAAUUUUAUAAAAUGAGAAGGGAAAUUGACGAACAAAGAAGUAGCUUGAACAAGUUACUAAGCAGUUUAAAUGUAACCUUACCUUAGUUUUGGCUUGUAUGUUUAUUCUUUGAUGAUACAACUUCGUUCUCUAUUUCUAUUUG